CCGAUUGUUUCAACUUCUUGGUAAGUUAAAUAAUAGUUUAAUCAUAAUUUGUCUGUCUAAUUUAAGGAAGGAAUAAAAAUAGACAAAUUAACUAAUUACUUUAAACUUGGAACAACCGGCCCUAAGGCCGGUAUUCUAUAAGAAAUUGUUCUCCUAUGGGAUAUAUCGUAUCAUCCGAUCUCGUGUGAAUCUUCAAUUAUAUUUAAGACAUUCUGAAGUUCAUCUUGGCUGCAUUCCCUAAUUCACGGCCAAUACUGAAAAUCUGUAGUUCAUGUAACGUAUAUAGAAUUUCAGUGCUGUCAGUGAAUUACAGAACGCAACCCUUGAGAUACUUCGUAGCCAAUAAAAUAAUCCGUGCAACAUAACAACAAACAACAGACAAAUAACAACAAAGAACAGCCCAGAUAGCAAAAUGUGCGCAAACAUGUCUUUUAGACUUCUAAAAGAUGUCUAAAAGACGUCCUACUUCUUUUAGAAGUUUUUAAACAUCUUUGUAGACAUUGUGCUAUCUGGGAGGUAAACAAAAACAGAUCGAUUGCGUAUCUUGAAACGUGGUGAAUUCUAGUAAAUUCACUCACUUUUGUCAUUCACUUGUUUCAAUACACGCAAUCGACUCCCAGACCUCGUGACUUCCUACCGAAAAGAAACCGUGCGGUUCAAGGAUCCGAUAUUUAUCAAAGGUUUACAACGGAAUUGACACAAUAUUCGGACUGUACCAGUAGUAUUUGGUUGUUUUCCUCCGUCUUCACACAAUUAUCGCCAUAGAAAUGAUCUAAUUUAAUGAAUUACUUGCUGAUAAAUUCCUCGAUAAGAUAGUUCAGCAGUGCAAUUCCAAACAACAGACCUCAUGACUUCCCACCGAAAAGAAACGUGCGGUUCAAGGAUCCGAUAUUUAUCAAAGGUUUACAACGGAAUUGACACAAUAUUCGGACUGUACCAGUAGUACUUGGUUGUUGUCUUCCGUCUUCACACAAUUAUCGCCAUAGAAAUUAUCUAAUUUUAUGAAUUACUUGCUGGUAAACUCCUCGAUAAGAUGUAUUACGUCGUAUUUUGGGACGAAUACUGCCAAGUCGUUCCCGAUUCUUGGGUAAACUUUAAUGCAAAAACAUUUACGUUUCCAUUGUCUAAAAAAAAUAUUACCAAUACAAUAAAGAAGAAGAUAAGUCCUGGAAAUGAUUGGAACAUCAGUCAUUUUCAUAAAAUUUUAGGACCUUACAAUACAUUUGAUAAGGCUCGGGAAGCAGAAAAAUCUUGUAUUGAUAUAUCCACUUCGGAUGAUAUUCAAUUUGCUUCUUUAAAUGAACCAAUCCAAACAUUGCCUCUGAAACGUUUGAUAACGAAAAAAAAAUUUUAUGACGAUGAAUCGAAUAAUUACGUGAAUAAUUGUAAUAUUUCCAAGAAAUAUAAAUCAAAUCAACAUCCCCCAUCAAAUUAUAAAAUACACGAAGGGAUUGGAGCUACAUCUACAAAUGUUGAACUUGAGAAAAAUUCAUUACAUUUUAGAUCAGUGAGUUCGGAAUAUAACGUGCAGAAGCGGGAGGAAGAUAAAAUUUUAUCCGUCAAAAAUAAUCCAUCUAAUUGCAAUGUCCCUUCACCUUUAAAUGAACACCAAUUUUCAAUUCAAGUUUUUCAUGAGGAUGAGCAAGAUGAUGAAGAGAUGACGGAUGAUACUAAUUCUCGUGAUUAUGAUCGGAACAUCGAUAAUAAGGAAAAUGAGAUAAUUGCGAUGAAGGCUCUCCCAAUUACAGAAAUGAAUGUAGACGAGGAUAUACAUGUAAUUAUAAGUUCUUUAUAUGAAAAAGUAGAUACUUUACAUCAAGACUUUCAACAAUUCAAAACAGAGAUAAAACACGAAGCAGCUAAAAAUAACACAAAAUUGAAAGAAAUAGUUGCUAUUUUAAGAGAAAGUUUCCAAAGAAAUGAAGAAAAUGAAGCAAUAACUAUGGAUUUAAUGCCUGAAUUUCCAAUGACAUCCGUCGAGGAAUACGUACAAUUUAAUGAAACAUUGAAAAAUGAUGAAGCAAUUCGUAAAUGUUUUGAAAAGAAAAUAAAGUGUAUUGGUGGUGACUCUACACAAAAAAUGAUCUCCAAUAUACUCACAUAUUGCAUAACAUUUGAUGUAGGACACAAGUUGACUUGGACUGGUGCAAAAAAUACUAUCGCAAUCGAAAUACAACUUUUGCAAACAUUAUAGUUAGUACUGUCAAUCGUACAAAAGGAAAUGGACCUGACUGUACCAUUGCAUUGAUUGUCAAGCAUGUAAAAAACUGGCUG